AUGGGUCGCGGUCUCAGCUUCACCUUCGAGUGGGACGGCUUCCCCGCCCUUCGCGACCAGAAGAAAGAGUUCACCGACAGAUGCUUGGGAUUCGCCAUCAGGCUAUUCCGCAAGGCAGUCCUGGCUGAGGUGGGGCGUCCCGGUAGGCAGUGGGACGGGGCACCGCCAUCACAAGCAGUGGUGGAGGACAGGCUUGCCGACUACGACCACCCUAUCCGCGACAAAGUGCCAGACAGAGUGUCGGACGAGAAGGUCGGCACCCGCAUGCUUGCCGCGACGUCGUUCAGGUGGGUGGCCGAGCAGGUUGACCUGCUGACGGGCGAGAAGGGCCGUGGUGCGGUGAGACUCGAGAACAUCAAGACAAAGGGGCUAAAGUCGUUGCGAGACAGCAUGGUGGAGUACAUCUGCAAGCGCAUCGCCGAAAAACGCUAUGCGGCACCGACAUCACAACCCGCCGACAGUGUGAUUGAUGACGACGGCGCGGAAAUACAGACGGCGCCCCAAGCAGCAGUUGCCGCCCAGCAUCAGAGGAACGCGAAGGUGUCCACGGAAGGAGGAAACGGUGGUGGAGGAGGCAACGCUGCGACAGGUGGAGGAAGGAAGGAAGAGGAGGAGUUGGAGGAGGAUUCGGAGUUGGAGUCGGAGUCGGAGUCUGAGGAGGAGGCGGAGAAGCGGAAGGACAAGGACGAGGAGGAGGAGGAGGAGAAGGACGAGAAGGAUGACGGCGAUGAGGAGGAGGAAGGGAAGGAUGAGGAGGGGGAAGGGAAGGAUGGGGAGGGGGAAGGGAAGGAUGAGGAGGGGGAAGGGAAAGAUGGGGAGGGGGAAGGGAAGGAUGAGGAGGGGGAAGGGAAGGAUGGGCAGGGGGACGGGAAGGAUGAGGAGGGGGAAGGGAAGGAUGGGGAGGGGGACGGGAAGGAUGAGGAGGGGGUGGAGGAAGCGGUGGAGUACGAGGUGGAUUUCGAAGAGGAGGAAGCUGCACUAGAGGCGGUGGGGUCGGUGGAUGAAAAUAACGAGGAAGCGGAGGAUGGCGAUUCGGGUAAUGAUACGAGGUCGGCAGAUGGGGGGAAGGAGAAGGAUGAGGUCGGCAUGGAGGCAAUGACGGAAAAGGGCCAGGAGGAGGCGGCAUGCGAAGGUGGGAAGGUGUCGGUCGACGCCGGCAAAGCGGCAAACACCACGGGCGUGCAGGAGACGGGGGACGCUUCUGGUCGGCAGGGUAAUGAGCUGGACGACGUCGAGCAGGUGCGACGGGAGAACUGGCUGUUGAGGGCGGAGAACGCUCGGCUGGCGACGUUGCUCGAUGCGGAGCAGGCUCGGCUGGACAGGUUUUUUGUUGGGAUACAUGGACUUGUCGACCACGUGAAGGAGUUGGCCGAGCAGGUCGACGACACCGAUAAGUAUGCGGCGGAACAGCUGCGAAACGCGACGGCGGCCAUGUCGAAGACAAUCACGGGCAACAUCACCGGCAGCUUCGACGAAGCGUGGAAGACGAUGAAGACCUUCGCGGAACAGGCGACGGCGUGGUUGGAGGACUUCGACAACCCGCAGGGUCGUGUGGCAGUUGCACGCGCAGUAGCGUUCGAUGCGUUGGCCGAGCAUGUGACUGGGGUGGUGGGCGAAGCGCAGCGGGGUUUGGAGCUGUACAUCACGACGCAACUAUCCGCCGCGCAGGUCAACAUCGCCACCGCUGUGACCACCAGGCUCCCCGUGCAGCCGCCACCACCGCCUCCGCCCACGCCGCCCGCCCUCCCGGAAGAGCUCUUGAAGUCGUUCAAGGCCGACAUUAUGAAGGCGGUGACGGAGGCCACCCAGCAGUCUUUCGUCGCUUCCGGGAUGAAGAUGAUGGCCGAGAUGGUCGGCACUGUGGCGCCUGGUCGACGUGGGUCGUCGCCGUCGGCCAAUGACGCCGAUCACGCGCAACGGAAGACGGCCGACAAGCAGGUCCUGAAGAGGACGGGCGACGGAGACGACAAGGAGAGCGCGAAGGGCGACGCGAAGCGGAGCAAGGGAUCGGACGGGAGCCGCGGCUCGAAGCCUGCGCCACAGAGCGUGGUCGGCCAGUUGAACACGAAGGCGGGGUGGAGGGUGAUAAGGACGUCGAACACCAAGGGUGGCGGAAGCGGGACGGCAGAGAGUGGCCCUGCCGACGGGGCUGCCGCUAACGUCACCGCUCAGCCAGGCCCGCCUUUGCUCACCGAGAAGAGCCAUCCUCAGGCGAGCGGUGGGAAAGUCAUGACUGACAAGGAGGUCCCAACUGCUCAGGCGGCGGAAGAUGGCGGCGCCGGAACCACCAAGGGACCGUCCGUCGCUGUGGCGGCCAAGGGCAAGACGAAGGCUGCUUCUGCUACGGUCGUCGGCACCACCAAGUGCCCUCCCCGUAACCCCCCUGCGGCUACCAGCGCGCCUGCCGGCCAGUCAGGUGCGACCAAAGAUGGGGAGGCCCGUGCGCCCCCUCCAGCUCCAGGAGCCCUGGCUGCCGUCAAGGGCGGCGCGAAGGCUGCUUCGGCUAAGGGCGCUGCUCCGGCAUCAGCUAAGGGGCCCCCCGGUGCUGACACGCUCAGGGAGAUGCUCCGCCGCAUGGAGGCACAUAGCAGGGACGUGCAGCAGCAUCCCGUGGUCGACGCCGGCCUUGCCGGAACAACACGUCGCUCCGUCACUCCGCAGGUUGCCGGCACAUCGUCCGGGGCCCCACCUGCAGCGCAUCCGGUCGCCGCCCCAACGCCUGCGGACUCCAAGUCAGCGUUUCUGCGCGCCCAUUUAGUCGGACGCAAAGCGGCUGCUCCACCGGUGACUCAGCAGGAACACGGCAAAAGCGCGACGACGACGUUGGUAAACGCGACCGCACCCUCACCAGGUGCAGCUGUGGUCGAUGCAGCGGCAGAGAGGGGAGUGAGUGCAGCGCUAGCCACCGGCGGCCGCGCCGACAAGCAUGCCGCACUCGCUGCCUUCCUGGCCCAUUUUGAUGCAGCAGAACGCCCUGAGCACGCCCCUGCACUGGCCAUCAUGGACACGGCGCAUGUGGGGCCGUCGGCGACCCACGGUGGGGGGUCGGCGGAGCCGACGGCUGCAACGGGUGCUGUCGCCGAGAGUAGUGCGGGAGGGAAGGGGAAGGUCGACACCGGGAAAGGGAGCGCGGUCUCUUAG